AAAGCAAAGUAACUUUAGUCCCCCAAAUCAUUUUGUAAAAUCCAAGGGCAAACACCCUAGUGUCUCCUGUCCUCCUCCAACAUCCAGCUUUAAUCCUGUACUUGAAUAGUCAGCUGGUGACUCACUUUUAGCCGCACACUCCAAUACUCGUGUCCGCCAACCGACCAGGAGUAUUAUGAAUGCACGCUGAAGCCUGAAGGGAGGACGGGAUCCAUCCGAACCGAUCCACUCGAAAUUUGAAACCAACAUCCCCUACCUUUUUAAGCUCGAAAUCCAUCCUUCUUUCUUAACUCUCAGCUUUCUUCGGCCUGGCCUGUAGCGUCCGCUCGCGUGUUCCUCGCUCCCGCACACUCCGCUGGCGUCUCGUACUGCCGCGCAACGAUACAAACAAACGAAGUUGAGGACACGAACAAUAAACAAAUGAAUAUAAAAUUUGCGGUCCACUUGUCUAAACACCUCGCUCAGUCUCAGAGUCAGUGGGACACCGCUCCACAUCCUUCUCUCCUCUAGUAGUUGCGGUUGCGUCCGCUCGCACAUGAUGGCUCCGUCGUCUUCCGCCCCGCUCCUCUUCCUCCUCCUCCGCAUUCUCCUCAUCCUCCAUCUCUGCUUACUCUCCCAGCAGCAGCAGCAGCAGCAGCAGCAGCAGGCGGACGAGGCGUCGUCUCUGCACCCGGUCGACGCAGCGGCGCUCUUGGAUAUUCGGCGCAGCCUCCGCGACCUCGCCGGCUCCGACUUCUUCUCGACGUGGGACUUCUCCGCCUCCUCCGGCCCCUGCGCGUCCUUCGCCGGCGUCGUCUGCUCCCCCGACGACGACUCCCCCCCGUUCCUCCGCGUCGUCGUGCUCACCCUGGGCAGCGGCCUCGCCGACUCGCCGGGCCUCACGGGCGCCCUCCCGCCCUCCCUCGGCGACCUCGCCGGCCUCCGCCUCCUCUCCCUCUCCGGCAACCUCAUCUCCGGGCCCGUCCCCCCCUCCCUCGCCGGCCUCCCCGACCUCCACACCCUGGAUCUCGGCGACAACCGCCUGGGCGGGCCCAUCCCGGCGCCCCUCCUCCUGCCGUCGUCGCCGAGCCUCAAGGUGCUCAUCCUCGCCGGCAACGGGGAUCUGUCGGGCGAGAUCCCGCCCGAAUUCUCCGCAUCCCAGCUCCUUCACCUCGACCUCAGCCGCAACCGCCUCUCCGGAGGGAUCCCGCAGCUCCCGUCCACGCUCCGCUACCUCUCCCUCUCCGCCAACUCCAUGUCGGGCCCGCUCGACGCGGCCUUCUCCGGCGCGGCGGCGCCCCUCCUCCCGGACCUCUCCUACCUGGAUCUCUCCUCCAACGCCUUCGCCGGGCCGGUGCCCCCGGCCCUCUUCGCCCUCCCCAGCCUCUCCUCCCUCUUCCUCCAGCGCAACAACCUCUCCGGCCAGCUCGACGUGCCCCCGCCGCCGCAGGGGGCGCCGCCGCCGCCGUGGGCCGUGGUGGAUUUGAGCCACAACGCGCUGUCGGGGGAGGUGCCCGGGGCGCUGGCCGGCGCGGGCAGCCUGUACGUGAACAACAACCGGCUGAGCGGGGCGGUGCCGGAGGACGUGGCGAGGAGCGUCUUCGCCGGGCGGAUGACCACCUUCUACGCCCAGCACAACUUCCUCACCGCCUUCCCCGCGCCCCCCCUCCCCGUCCCGGACUCCGUCGCCCUCUGCCUCUCCUACAACUGCAUGCCCCUCCCCACCCCGGCCACCGCCGCCGGCUGCCCCGCCAGCGCCGGGCCCCUCCCCUCCCGGCCCCCCUACCAGUGCCGCACCACCGCCGCCGGCGGCGACGCCUGACGCAUCCUCGUGCCACGUGUUCGAUUCAGAUUCGUUUGGUUUUUCUGUUUAAAUAAGGCCCUUUUAUUUAUUUUUUUAUUUAUUUUUUUAUUUUAUUUUUUUCAUGCGUGAAGUGCUUUUUUUUUCCAAAAAAGUUUUUUUUUUUAAAAAAAAAGAAUUCCGUUCCACUCGUACGCCACCACACGUGAAUGCAUUUGUGGGUGUGGGAGUUUGUUUAUUAUUAUUUGAUUGAUUUGUUGGAUAGCCAACGGUCACAAUGGAUCGUUCGGUGGUUUUCUUAAUUUGUUUUAUUUCAGAGUGUUCCGGUGUGCUGCGUGCGUCGCAAGAUGUAAUUUAUUAGAUAAUAAAUGUGGUAGCAGUAAUCAUAUAACAUGGUUGGUUUAGCUGCA